CAGGAUAUAUAAAUAAAAAUUCUCCUCAAUAUUCUUCACUUGUCCUCUCAACUCCACCAUCAGAAACCUAACCCUCACGAAAAACACACUUUCUCAUUUUCUUAUUAUUUUACAUAAAAAAUCAAAUUCAUAUUAAACCUUCUUUCUUCUUCGUUUUCUCUAAACCCUAACCCUAAUUGAACUGAAGUUGAAUUGAAUUUGAAAUUGAUUAUAGAAUAUAGAUCGAGGAAGGAAAAACGAAGAGGGGGAAAUUGGAUCGAAAUUUGUAGUCAGCAUCGAACGAACGAUGUCUGCUGCUGUGUGCGGAAGUAAGAGAUCUUUCUUUGAAGAACUUCCUCCUUCUCCGCCACUUUCAAAGAGGAUUCGUUGUUCCUCUUCUAAUUCUCCGAUUCGUUUUCCGACUCCUUCUCUCUUCGAUCAGCUUCGUAAUCUUUUCCCUCACAUGGACCAUUUGGUUCUUGAGAGAGCUUUGCAAGAAUGUGACAAUGAUCUAGAUGCUGCCAUCAAGAGCCUGAAUGAGCUUUGCUUGGGAACUGCAGGUGGGAAUUUUGGAACUGCCGAAGAAUCACAGAUUGAUGUUAAUGUGGAUACAGGUAAAUUGCAAGAUGAUGGGAAUGCUUCUGCUUCUGAGAAUCAUACUACUUUGAACAACCUUCCUGCAGAUGGAGCAGAAUGGAUUGAAUUUUUUGUUCGAGAAAUGAUGGUUGCUACCAGUGUUGACGAUGCUAGAGCCCGUGCUGCUAGAAUGCUGGAGGUUCUAGAGAAGUCAAUCAGUGAACGAGCUAGGGCUGAGGCAACAGAUGCUCUUCAGAAGGAAAAUUUGAUGCUGAAAGAGCAGAUUGAAGUGCUGAUUAAGGAGAAAAAUUCUUUCAAAAAUGCAUUUAGGAUCCAACAUGAACGUUUUUCUGAUUAUGAGAAUAAGAAUCAAGAAUUGCAGAAUUUGAAGCAGUUGGUGUCUCAAUACCAGGAGCAGAUCAGAACUCUUGAGGUGAAUAACUAUGCUUUGGCAAUGCAUUUGAAGCAGGCUCAACAGAGCAACGCAUUUUCAGGGCAUUUCCCACCAGAUAUCUUCUAACUAAAUAAAUGUGUAGAAAUGUCAUAAUAAAGGUGACAAAUAGUUGCAUCAAGUUAAUUAUGUUCUCUCUGUUUUUAAUCCCGAAAAGGCCAAGUGUUGUUAUAGUUUGCGGAGCUUCUGUUGCAAGCGUGGUUCCUGUUUCUAUAGUUCAAGAGUGAUUCUAUUUCUAUCCUAUCUACCCGAUAUAGAACUUGACAGAUUCUUCUUAUCCAUAAAUCAUUCCCAUAUUCUGCCUAUUUUUGGCUUUUAUUUGUUGUCAUUACUGAGUAUAAACAAUGUUAAAUAUCAGUUUGAUAUUAUCACUGUUGACUAUUGGAAGUUUGAUAUGAGCAGAGUUUAAAUUUGCCGUGAUA